AUGGUAACAGGCGUACUGUGCGACAAGAAAGUCCCUGUUCGACUGAAGUCGAAGAUUUACAGGACGGUUGUGCGUCCUGUUGCCCUUUUCGGAUGCGAGUGCUGGCCGACGACGAAAGCCUUGGAAAGAGUGUUGUACGCCAUGGAGAUGCGGAUGUUGAAGUGUACAAUAGGUGUAACGCUAAAAGACAAAGUAUCCAACGACACUGUACGCUCCAUCUUCGGCGCCAUCCCGAUAACUGAGAAGAUGAAGGAGGCGCGACUGAGAUGGUUUAGGCACGUCUUCUGGGGAGAGGAAAAUUCUAUUGCCAAAACCGCCCUGAAGCUCGACGUUUCAGGCGUGAGGACGCGCAGGAGGCCAAAGAUUCGCUGGUUGGACCGUGUGAAGCUGGAUGCGCGUUUGUGUACGGCUGAUGCAAUGGAUAGAACCAAAUGGAAGACAAGAAGCAGAAAGGCGGACCCUGCAGCAACGCGGUAA